AUGUAUAGUCACUACAAGCGACUGUCAGUCCCUCCUGCCAUUAUCACCAACAAAGUCGCGUGUGAACGCUACAUGCGUACUUUGGACUCUGAGUUCAGUACCGUCUUGAGGAACGCUUUGGCUACGAGUCAAGUAUUCAACAAGCGCUUUCAAACUCGCGCCGGGAUAGCAAACGCUAAUGUCCCCGCGACUGGAGUCAAUCGGCAGGACGACCCCAUCCAGCUAAAAGAAUUAAUGACGAUGGCGGAAGAAAUGGCGUUGACGUUGAGUAACGAAGACGAAAUUCCCAUAAUCGCGCGACCUCCAAAGGUUCGCUUCGACUAUGAGACUAGUCCACCCAACCAUGCUAAGGUUGAGGAGUUGGAAAACUCGAUUUCUAACUUGAAGGACUCAUUUCUUCUACACCAAAAAGAGCUACAGACUCAGUUGCAGGAAGCGCUGAAGACUUUCCUACCAAAUGGAGAAGGGACUCAGGGACAACGAGUAGAGGCUUACUGGAAGAAGAAGGGCAAAUCCGUCAACUUCCAGGACUCCUACUACUUGGAUCAGUUCGAUAGUCGCGACAAUGAUGAUAUGUCCGACUACCCUGAAGAAGUGGCAGAUGAGAUACGCUCCCUUCGUAGUCAACUCAUCCAAUAUGAGAGGAAGUCGUCGCGGCCAACUCCAGAGAGUCGCGCUGAGCCGAAGACUCAAAGAGCUGCAUCUGGUUCAACCAGUAAUGCAAUGGAAAGCGCCAUGGGCCAGUUCAUGCAGAAAGCCAUGACCGACGCCAUGGCCGGCUACUUCAACAACAUGAACAGUGGUUAUCCUCAGACUCAGGAGCAGUUCAUUCAAACCCGUCGUGGUGCGAAUAGCCAACCUGAGCGCAACGAUAACAACUCGGAAGUUAGUGAUAGCGACGAUGAUGAGGAAUCAGUGCGCGACAACGUCGAAAAGAGAAAGGAACUACCGUUUGAGAAAGUCAAGCCCGUUCUACAAGAACCAGUACAUUCUUCAAAAGCGCGCGUUCCAGAUAAAUACCAGUUGCGUGCACCGAUUCAAAAGAAGGCUGUGGCAGAAGCAGUCUACGACAAAAUGAAAAACGCGUCAGUCGACGUCACUGUGGGUGAACUCCUAGCAGUUUCGGGGACUGUCCGCGACUCCAUUCUGAAGGACUCUUCGAAGAAACGAGUACCGGUUCAGAAGUCCAUGCUUCAAGAAACUGGUCGCGUCGUUGAAGACGUUUGGGAUGGAGAACUGAGCUACAACCUAGUCAGUGCUAAGGAAUUGCCCGAGCCUGUGUUCUAUCAUAACACAGUUAAAGGAGAAAUUCCCAUUGGCGCAGUUGUCGCGACGGACCCAUAUGAGAUGUACUUGGAGUCGAUACCCUCUAAUGAGAACCCAAGGCAUGUCUAUGUUGGUGAUUCGUCGGCUGCUCUCAGAACGAUAAACGGACGGAUUAACGCGCGUCUCGACGCGGACUGCAUCCUAGACAGUGGAUCUCAGAUUGUAUCGAUGGCUUUCUCAGAAGCCGUCGACGCACAAUUGAGCUGGGACCCAAAGGUCGUCAUAUAUAUGGAAAGCGCAAAUGGAUCUAUCUCUAAGUCACUGGGAUUAGCGAGAAAUGUACCCUUCAGGUUUGGGACCAUCUUGGUCUACCUGCAGGUGCACAUUUUGGAAAGCCCAGCUUACAAGGUGUUACUCGGCAGACCAUUUGAUAUCGCGACAGAAAGCAAUAUCAAGAACGCGGCCGAUGGCAGCCAGAUAAUCACUAUGCGCGAUCCCAAUUUAAAGACACGUUGUGCAAUGGCUACGCAGCCACGUCGUGCAGACGACUUGCCGCGUAACACUAAAAACAACGACGGAUCUACCGAGCCCUACAGUUCGUCGAAACCGACGACCAGUCCAGACGAACCGAAUCCGGAACGGGAUUUUCAAAGAGCUUCGAGGAAUUGA